CAAUCCUCAGCCCUUCAAGCCCGCAUCAACGAGAAGAAAGUCGAGCUCGAAUCUCUGAAACAACUACGCGAUCUUUCGGCAGGGCUCGCGGGUCAGAUGCAGCAAUUGGAGGAGAAGCUCUCGACUUUGAGCAAUGGUACGGAAGCUGUUGCAGCGGUCAUGGGAAAUUGGAAUACGGUGCUGAGGGCUGUGUAUAUGGCGAGUGGUGCCAUACCAAAACCCAAGGACGAAGAGGAGCAAGCAAAUGGGAAAGCGGAGGCCGUUGAACCUGCUCUGCCGCAGACUUUGGUCAGGAUCCCGAUCCAGCAAGCGGAGGCUGCGCAGCGAGAGAAAGAG